UUGGCAUUGAUUUCUAGAAAUGGACCGGAUUGUGAACGAAAUUUGUGACGAAAAUGACUUAAAGAAAUUUCAGGUCUUAUAUCAAGAGCAGGUCAAACGAGGUGUUGUAGAUGAAAAAGCACAGUUUGAAUAUGCUUGGUGUUUAAUCAGGGGCAAAGCCCACUCUGAUACAAAGAAAGGAAUUGCACUUUUAGAAGAUUUAUUUAGAAGAAUAAAGGAAGAUGAAGGAAAAAGAGAUUAUUUAUUUUGUUUAUCACUUGGAUAUACAAGGUUAAAAGAAUAUGAAGAUGCUUUAAAAUAUGCUAAAGCCCUAUUAAAAGUUGAGCCUGAAAAUAGACAAGCACAAAGCUUAAAGCAUUAUAUAGAGGAUAAAAUGAAGAAAGAUGGCCUGAUGGGUAUGGCAAUAGUAGGUGGAGCUGCUAUAGCUAUAGGAGGUCUUGUUGGAUUAGGAGUUGCAUUAACUAAAAAGCUGAAUUAAUGAACUAGUUACAGGGGACCAUUACAUCAAGGACCAAAAUAAUAAUGAUAUGUUUGUUUUCCUGUAUUCAAAACAAACCAUUAUUUUUUUAUGUCAUCAUUUUUGUUAUAUUGUCCCUAUAAAACUAGUUUAAUGUAUAUUCUGGAACAUUUAUCUGAGGGAUUUCAGUCACUUUUUUUUAUUUCAAAAAUAAUAAACAAGUAAACUGUUGUUAAGAUAGAAGCUGCAACUUCAACAAAAAGGAGAGGGUCAGUUAUUGAAACUAUAAAUAGCAAAAUACAUUUUACAUUUCAAAGUAAUUUUUAGUGCUAUCCUUGCAAAAACAAAUAUAAUGAAAUAUGUAAAUUAACAACAUUUGUAAUUGUUGAAAAUAAGCAAAUUAUUUGUAUAAUUUUUUUUUUAAAUUGAAUUGAAGAGUGAGAUUUUUUGAGUUUUUUUCUACUGUUUUAAUAUUUUGACAAAUGGACAUUAGUUUCUACUUUGCAAUUAAUGUGGAAGAAUCUUUGUAUUAGAUUUUAAACU